AUGUCCCAACAAUACUCCAGCAGCACACACAUAUACACUGAUGCAUCCAAAAAUUCUAAUGGAGUGGGCUUUGCAACAAUCAUAGGUCAUGAAAAUCAUAAAUUCUCACUCCCUCCUAGCACUAAUAUCUACACAGCAGAAACUUACGCCAUCUUUGAAGCACUGAAAAUCGCCUCCUCCUCAAGUUCGGAUUCUUUCACCAUCAUAGGUGACUCUCUGAGUGCUUUAAUAUCUAUCUCGAAUCCAUACUCCAAGAAUGAACUUGUACAACACAUCCAAAAACUGAUAUCUAUCUCUAACAAAACUUUCUCUUUCAUGUGGGUCCCCUCUCACGUCGGCAUUUCUGGCAAUGAAAGAGCAGAUAAAUCCGCAAAUGAAGCCACACUUCCUCAUAAUGCCUUAAAAAUAAACCUAACUACAUCCUCAGAGUUGCUCGACAUUAUUAACACCAAAAUCUCUGACACAUGGCAAACAAAAUGGACCAGCGUCCCUCUUUCAAAUAAACUGAGAAAUAUCAAGCCCUCUAUAAAAAAAUGGAACUUCUCCUGUAACCUCAAAAGAAGGGAUAAGGUCAUUAUAACCCGUGCCAGAAUAGGCCACACUCAUCUCACCCACUCAUUCCUCAUCACCAAGGAACCUGCUCCACAAUGUGACGCAUGCAACGUGGACCUGUCGAUCGACCACAUUGUCACUAGAUGUCCAAAAUACGCCGUAGCUCGGAAAAUAUUCAAAAAUUCAUCUUCUCUCCGACUUGCCCUCAGCGAAGAAAACACAGAAGCUAUAUACAAAUUUUUUUUAUUAUACACAUUUAAACAAUAA